UGAUUUUUGAUCCAAAGAAAAUGGUUUGAGGAACAGAGUUGACUCUCCAGAGCCAUUUGUUCAGCUUCGAUUGUGCCAUGGCGAAGAAGGUAGCGUGGCUGCUGCUGCUCCUCCUGAUAUCGGCGUCCGUGCCGGGCCUCAAAGUUUGGGCCCUGAAAACGCCGUUUCACCUGCGAGACGUGCUUCCUCUGCUGCCGAGGCAUGUAUCGUGGCCCAUCAUGACCCGCCUCCACAGCGCCGUCGAUAUCCUCCCCGUCUUCGUCGGCGCCGCUUCCUCCCCGGAUAACGCUCUCGAGUGGAAGGGCGCCUGCUUCUACGAGAACAAAGCAUGGAUGGUGUUUCACAACAAGAGCCAAACUGAAUAUGGCGGCGGAACCCUUCACAUUAAGGUUAGCAAUGCUCACAGUUGGACGUGCAUGGAUCUUUAUAUUUUUGCUACACCAUAUCGUGUAACAUGGGAUUACUAUUUCCUGGCCCGGGAGCAUACACUUGAGAUCAAAGCAUGGGAAGGAAAAGCUGAGUAUGAUUAUGUGAAAAACCAUGGAUUAUCAAUUUUUCUCUUGCAAGCUGGGAUGUUGGGGACCCUUCAAGCACUUUGGGAGGUGUUCCCUCUAUUUUCAAAUACUGGAUGGGGCGAGAACUCCAAUAUUAAUUUUUUGGAGAAACAUAUGGGAUCUUCUUUUGAAGUGCGCCCUCAGCCUUGGGUUACAAAUGUCAGUGCUGAUGACAUCCAUUCUGGAGAUUUCCUUGCUGUUUCAAAAAUACGAGGUCGGUGGGGUGCUUUUGAGACUCUAGAGAAGUGGGUUAGUGGAGCCUAUGCUGGUCACACUGCUGUUUGCCUAAGAGACCCCAAUGGGAAGCUUUGGGUUGGAGAGUCAGGACAUGAAGAUGAAAAGGGAGAAGAUAUAAUUGCUUUGAUGCCAUGGGAAGAAUGGUGGGACUUUGAACUGACUAAAGAUGAUUCCAAUCCCCACAUUGCAUUGCUUCCGUUGCACCCUGACUUGCGUGCCAGGUUUAAUGAGUCUGCCGCAUGGGAGUAUGCACUGAGCAUGAUAGGAAAACCUUAUGGUUACCAUAACAUGAUCUUCAGUUGGAUAGACACUUUAAAUGGGAACUAUCCGCCGCCCUUGGAUGCUAACGUGGUUGCUUGCGUUAUGACAAUUUGGAAUCAACUCCAACCUGCGUAUGCAGCAAAUAUGUGGAAUGAAGCCCUGAACAAAAGACUUGGAACUGAAGGACUUGACCUUCCAGAUGUUUUAGUAGAAGUUGAAAAGCGUGGAUCAUCUUUUGAUGAACUGCUGACAAUUCCUGAACAGGAUGAUUGGGUCUAUAGUGACGGGAGGUCAACAUCUUGCAUUGCUUUUAUACUUGAGAUGUACAAGGAGGCAGGGCUGUUCGAUCCAAUUGCUAGUUCUAUUCAAGUGACAGAAUUUACGAUAAAAGAUGCUUACAUUCUCAAUUUUUUUGAGAACAAUUCUAGUCGCUUACCAAAAUGGUGCAAUGAUGGAGACACUGUGAAGCUUCCUUAUUGUCAAAUUAAAGGCAAGUAUCGAAUGGAAUUACCUGGAUACAACACCAUGCAACCAUACUCUCAUAUGAAUGAAAGGUGCCCAUCUCUUCCUCCUAAGUAUUCCAGAACCAAGGAUUGUUAGAAGUAUUCAAUUUUUUGCUCUAAUCUUAGGGCGAUUACGUCAUCAGAUUAUUUAGAAGACUUCGAUUGCUUAGGAAAAUGAAUUAUUGUUGUAUCCAUUUGCAUGUUAGAAAAAAGUUCAAACAAUUCGAUAUUGCGUGUAAAUAUAUAUUCUUAGAACUUAUAUUAGACACUCACGCAAUCUGGAUCAUCUAUGUACCUAAAUUAAACAGUGUAAAUAUAUGUGAUUUGAAUAUCUGUACUUCCUGCAAA